GACUUUUUAAGGCUUGGCAACACUGCAGCGGUUCGUACGUAGGGAAAUCCCUGACACUGUGCAAAACACUUGUGGCAUAUUAUAGGAGAUACGGGCGUGUCCUUAUUUCAAAGUGGUUUUAGCCUUUGUUUAGUGCAGUUGUGACAAAAAUGUAUUCCGUAGUUAUUAAGUAUUCGCCUAUUACAUGGGACAAGAGACAAUCAGUAACUAGAAUGGAUUACGAUUUAACGGCUUAUAAAAAUGAAGAGUACAAGCAAAUUGCUUAUGAAGCAAAUGUAGCCAUGGACACUGAGCACAGUAAUCUGCAAGUGGUGAGGGUUCAAAAUAUUCAUGAUCUGGGCCAGUGUUUGAUCAAACAGCAAAAAUUAUUGGUUGAAAAUCCUGGACAAGCAUUUUAUCAAGGUAGACGGUACAUAGUCAUUUCACAAAACUAUUUAAAUGAAGCUCUCGAGUACAAUUUGGAUUAUAGACGAUGUGGAUUAUCUCAACUAAAGUUUAACACAAAAGUAUCACCAAUAAACACAAAUAAUGUUUUGGUCGUGGUUCAAACAAUUAUAAAAAACCAAGAUCAAGACUCCAUUGUACCUGAGUACAGUGAUGAGUUCUAUAUUGAGUAUUAUGUAAAACUCGAUGUUUAACCAAACUUUUUUAAUGAAGCAGUAUUUUAAAUUUUAUUAUUUUGAUGUGUUUUUGAACAAUUAUUUUUACAUUUUUUAUUAAUAUAAAAUAUUUUAUAAGAAUUUUUU